AUGCCGCACGACCUGCCAUCCGGCCAUUAUGUAUUAACGACUGAUACCGGUUUGGUGCAGCUGAAAAUGGAAAACAAAUCCUUUAAAGUACAGCAGCAGGGACGCUUCUUUAAACAGGAAUUACACAAGCUCUAUGAGCCGAUUGAUGCAGCCGGUGGAGUAGUACAUGAUGAGACUGGCAAUGUGCUGAUGAUCUACCGCCGCGGUAAAUGGGACCUGCCCAAAGGAAAGCUGGAUGAAGGAGAAGACAUUGCCAGUUGCGCACUGCGCGAGGUGACAGAAGAAACCGGCUUACACCAGUUAAAGCUGGGCGAUAAGAUCUGCGAUACCUGGCAUAUCUAUUCCCAGAACGAUAAAAACCUGUUGAAACGUACCGCCUGGUACCAUAUGGAAGGCAGUGCAACCGAACAACUGGUGCCACAGGCCGAAGAAAAUAUCCUGGAAGCACGCUGGAUCAGCACCGGCGAAAUGGCCCCGGUAUUACGGAAGACGUAUGAUGCGAUUAAAGAAGUAUUGACACUGGCCGGAACGAGAUAA